AUGGAAGCUGAUUUCCUAAAAUUCCACAUUUAUCUGACAUCAAAACUUAGUGAAUCCACUAUAAAUAAUAUAAUAAUUAAUGAUGUAUCUGGUUCACAUGAUCCAUUGACAGAUUUAGAAAGCAGAACACAUUACGGUAGACCAAAUUUUGGUUAUAUAUUUAGCGAAUUAAAUCGAGCGAUUGUGAAUGGUAGUUAUUUGCCGGGCAAAAGAGAUUUGAAUACUAACGUGGGUGUAUAUUACUGUGGUCCUCCUGAGUUGGCUAAAACCUUGAAAAAAGAUUGCGAUUCUGCAAGUACUAAAGGUAUAAAAUUCUAUUUCUAUAAAGAGCGUUUUUAG